AAACGUGUGUUUUUAGUUUUUAAACAUCUAUGUAUACAUAUGUAUAUAUGUACAUAGAUACAUAUAAUAUAUAACAUUCAAUAGAGGCCUAAUUUCGAUGUAAAAGAAUACUCUGAAGUAUUUUUGGUAUGUUGUCAAAAGAUCGAGGUUAAGAUGCUAAUUUAACUCCUGUUCAAAAACCGAAUAGAAGACAAUUUUUUAACUUUCUUCUAUAUUACUAUUCGAAACAAAUAGGGUUACACCCAUUUUCCUCGAGUUCACACAUCCUUUGAGAUAAUUUUUGCCAUACUGUCGCGUAAACAAAAAGAUUUGAUUGUCGCUUCUGCAAAAUUUUAAUUCAUCCUAGAAAAAAUGUCUUUUAUGGUAGAAAAUAGACCAACCAAUGAAAUAAGCAAUAAAGAUAGAGAACAUUUUCUUUCUUUAGAAGUAACUGAAGAUUAUAGCUUUAAGUAUAUACCUGAAAGUCAUUUUAAACACAUAGUAAGAAAUGUACAGAGACACAGACGCAAAGAGGAUGAGGAACGUAUAUGGGCUUCAUUCGUUAAAGAACAGGAGUUAAAUAGUUUGAGGUUUGACAAAAAAGAUGUUGACUAUUCUAUACAAAAUAUGAAAGACCUGUUGCAAGAAAAUAUACAAAAUGUAGAUAGAGAACUUAAAAGACUUGAAGAAGAUGCCCUCCCUGAACGAAGUAAAGGAAUUCGAAAUCCUAAAUCUAAUGUUAAAAAUGAAGUGAUGUAUACAAAAGUAAACAGCAUCGGGGACAAUUAUUCAAAGGAGAAAACAUUAACAAAGAAUAGGGGUACAUGUAAAACUAAUGUUUCAGUUCCAACUUCUCGGGGCAGUAAUAUUUAUAUGUAUAGUGAAUCUGAAGGACAGAAAACAGUUUUUAAAUCUAAGGCUAAAAAGUCUUUGUCAGAUUCUUCUAUCACAGAGAAAAAAUGUUAUACAAACCAACUUCUUCGUGCAACCAACCAUUUUGAGAAUAAUUCUGAUACAGAUUCAAGUAAUAACAAAGAUGAUAUUGUUUAUAUACAACCAGAUCCAUUUACCAUACAGAAACUAUUAUCGAUGCAAAAGAAAAUUGCUGAACUACUAGAUGAAAUAUCAUUUAGAUUAUGCAGAAUUCCUUUACCAGAUGGUGAUAGUGAUUUGAAAAGAAGACAACAGCAAACACUAGAAUUUUCUAUAAGAUUUUCAAGAAAUUAUCUGUACAAUCUUAACAGACUUGUUACAAGCAUUCAAAGACAUAUCAGAGCUAUUUCUCCCAGACUAGGAUUAAAACAAUAUAAGAAUAUUGUAUUUCAUCAAGAUAUGAUAAAGCAAAAGCUGGUUGCUGCUCAUCAAUUAUUAAUACAAGCUCUAACUGCUUAUUAUAAACAUAUUCCAAACUCUAUUCUUGAGGGUCAUUCUACAAAACUUCAAGAUGUGUUACAGGUUGUCUACAAUCUGAUAAAUAUUUGUGAUAAAGUUGAGAUUUCUACUUACUAUUUCUGUUCAGGAGAUACUACAAUUAUACCGUUGGGGAAGAAUCUUCAAAAUAAAUGUGAUGCUAUUUUAUCUAAAUUAAAGUUAAAUUUAGAAAGUAGAUAUGGAUCCACAAGUCACAAGAAUGUACAACCUGUAAUCACUACUGCACCAAUAUUUUUACCUAACAAAGGGCGUUGCAAUCGCAAGAAUCUAUCUAAUCGGUUAAGCUAUACUUAUCAGAAAGAAAAUGAGAAUAAUACUAAGGAAGUCGGAAAUCUAUACGCUCAGGAUUAUACGUUACCAGAACUACUAUAUCCUAGUCCUAUAACGCGUACAACAUCUUCCAGGGACGUUGUUCAGAUUGAUUCCACGAAAAAUAUAAGUAAUUCUAAAGAAGAUGACAUUCGAACUGUGAUGGAUGGAUUAACAAUAGAUUCCGAAAAUGAUAGUAAUAUAGAAAUUCGAACUAAGCGUAAACCUGAAACAAAUAGUGGACAACAAUCGGUCGCAAUACGUAAAAAGACAUCUACAGAAAUGCGAGAGGCGAAAAAUACGAAAAGCAAAGGAGUAAAUAUUGAAGCAAACAAUUUUACUAACGAGGAGGAUGAUUUAAUUAAAAAAGUAACUACAAUUCCCAAGGAGCAUUUGGUUGCACUAGCUCCUGUAAUAAACGACUUAGUGGCUCUUGUAUCAAAAAAGAAAAAUGAAUUGGAGAUGCAAUCUGUUUCGGAAACGUCUGUGGAAACAUUAAGAGAAUUUUUACAAAAAUAUCAGUCACCUAAAGAUUGUGAUACUAAAGCUCCUUUAACAAAAACCAGUUAUGAACAAUCACAUUGUAAUCUUAAUGGCUUAUCUGAAAUUAAAAGACACAAUGAAAAUGUACAAUUAAUUUGUAUAUCUUCUAUGGGCAAAGUUCCUAAAAUGACACAUUGUGAUGCUUCGUGUCAAGUAGAUUAUGAAACAGCACUAAAAAUUAUUCAUAAUGGAAAGGUUACUGAUUCAAACAUCAAAAAUGGAGUGCAGCUUGCUAUUUCAGAAGAAACUGAAUUACUAUUUCUAACAUACAGAUGUGAAUAUAAAAAAUUGUGUCAAUCAAAGCCAAUGUAUUCUAGCAAUACACAAAAUAAACCAUGGGAUAUCGUGGCAUGGAUAUCUGAUAAAUUGAUAGAGGAGUUAAUAAUUGAAAUAACAGAAGAGUUACAAAUGAAUGAUGUAAUUAAAAAACUGUUUGAAAUGGAAUUUCAAGAAUUAUAACAGCGCAACGUUCGUUUAUAUGGGAUUAAUAUAGUAAAUCAUAUUUACAAACCAAAUAAUUUUUCAAAUGUUUUUUAUUCAAAAGUACAACUUUUUAAAUAAAUUAUUACUUUGUAUACUAA